AUGUCCGUAUGCGAUGAUUACUAUUACUCGACGAGGCAAGGGCCGUACAUCCUGCUAGGGGAACGGAACCCCCUGACUUGCAGUGACUUAUAUGUUAUCAGUCAGGGCUGCUGCUUGGACCACGUAAGAAACAGUCGAUCUGAAUCACCAUUGCCAUGGAUCGGCAUCUAUGUUGCAGUGGCAUCUCUAGUCUGCUCCCUUGCAAUGGCUGCUGAUGUCCUCCAAGGGUUUCGCCACAGAAAACUCUGGUUUCCAUGUAGAUUUUUUACUCUUAAUGCCGCUUCCCUCACAUUAUUAGCUGUAGCAAUGAAGCUGCCGGUGGAUCUGAGUAGCCGAAUGCCAACCUCUAUAGAUCAGGUGGCGAAACUUACCAGCACCGCCUUCAUGUCUACAGCUAUAGGUAAUUUUAUGCCAUCUUUAGGAGCUAUGGAUGACAAAGAACUUUUCAUGAACAUAACAGCCUUGGCUAUUCUGGUCAUUACCAUUAUUGUUAAUAUAUGCAUACAGUUCAGUACUCGAGUAAUAAAUUAUUUUCUCAUGAGGGAACACAUCGCGGUUCUGUGCUUCAUGUUUGUUUUGCUUGUAGUGUCGAGCUUCGCAGCUUUGACGGUUUCCACUACUAAGAAGUGCUUUCAAUUGAAGUAUGAUGAUAUACACAAAAUAAUUUCGCGUGAAGAAUCAGAAGAAACCAAAAAGUUCAUAAUUGAAAAAUUGAAAGUAAAUCUAAAAAAGUACUGGAUGAUGGCAAAAUUCGGUAGUCCUCAGUUCGUUAUGGCUCGUUCAGUUCACUGUCAUGCUUCUGGGGCAAUUUGUUGCUUCGCUACAUUGACUCUCGCAGAAGUACACCUCAUCAUGUUUUUUUACGGCGAUAAUAUAAGAAGAAAUUUUUACGGCGAUCACUCUGACUAUAUUGAUCCACACAACGUUGGAUCAAGUUAUAAGUGGUCAACCUUUGUUGUGUUUGUGAUUCAGUCUUUUGGGGUGGGAGUAGGUACGAUUGCCCCAGCAUUUAGAUGCUUCACCGCCAUAAGAUUAAUGUGCUCAGAGAAAAGAGUCAAGAGCUACAAAGCCGAGUUUAAAAUAGAAAAUUAUUGGAUAGAAAGGCCAGUAGGGUGGAAACAAAGUCGCUUAGGUUUACGAGUUUGGGGCCAAAAAUGCAGAAGACUUGUUCAUAACACAAAGAAUUUAAUUCUAAACUUUUGUAUAAGAGUUCAGAUUGUGAUUGUCACAAUUAGCAAAUUGAAUCUGCUGAUAUCUGUUUUCUUAAUAAGCAUGUUCUUGACAUUUGGGCACUCGUACAAGGUGUUAAAGCAGAAGCUCAUAUCCAAUCAUACUGCUUCAAGCAAUCAAACAGGAUCAGAAUGUACAGAACUGGAUCUCAGCCAUUAUGUUUUGUAUCUUGAAGGCGAGGAGGAACUACCCAUGCAGAUUAUGAAGGACAACAUCGAUGUUGUUAAUCGUUUUAUUCAGAAGGGUGAAAAGCAGAGGCCUAAAUAUUUGAAAGAGCUUUUAGAAAAAUCUGCUGCUUUCAUGGGAGUGGCAAGGUUUGACAGUGACAAAGUUCCUUCUCUAGAUAUGAAAGAACCUCCUAAUUGUUGGUCUCUUCCUGUGGUUACUCUUACAAGUAUUGCCAUAUCACUUCCAAACAUUGAAGAACACAAGGUGUAG